AUGCAGCCCGUCCAGGUUUGCUUCCUCUUCUGUCUCUGGAAAGCAAUCUGCUGCCGCAGCUGUGAGCUGACCAACGUCACCAUCGCGGUGGAGAAAGAGGAAUGCCGCUUCUGCAUCAGCGUCAACGCCACCUGGUGUGCGGGCUACUGCCUCACCCGGGAUCUGGUGUACAAGGACCCAGCCCGACCCAACACCCAGAAAGCAUGUACCUUCAAGGAGCUGGUGUAUGAGACAGUAAGAGUGCCCGGCUGUGCUCACCACGCAGAUUCCCUGUACACGUACCCGGCAGCCACUGAAUGUCACUGUGGCAAGUGUGACAGAGACAGCACUGACUGCACCGUGCAUGGCCUGGAGCCCAGCUACUGCUCUUUCAGUGAAAUGAAAGAAUAA